CACCUGCUGGACACUUGACAAACGUUUGCAAAUCUCGCGAGAUUAUCCGAAUUUGCUCGGUGGACUGUGUUCCGACUUCACUUUCCCCACUCAUAUUAAGGCAGUACAUUCCCUACUUGAUAACACAGUUAAAACUAAUCGAAAUCUUUUAAGUUUGGAGUUUAAAUGAAAGCUGUCAUUCUAGCCGCCGGGUACGGAACCAGGCUCCAGAGGGAUGUGGUGGCAGACAGCAGCGGGAGGUUCGCUCACCUGGCCGGGGUUGCCAAACCGUUGCUGCCAGUGGGAAGGUGUGCUCUAAUAUCACACUGGGUUCAUGCUUUGACCUCCUCUGGAUGUGUGGACGGCAUCUAUGUUGUUACGAAUGCUCUGUACUGCACUGCGUUUGAAGAGUGGGCUUCACAUUUCACAAAUGUGAAGAUUCUCAGCGAUCAGACAAGCAGCAAUGAUGACCGUCUUGGUGCUGUGGCCUGCCUUCAGCUUGCAGUAAAGCACUUCAAGAUCGAGGACCAUGUCGUCGUCAUUGGGGGUGACACCCUCUUCAAAGAAGACUUCAGCCUCAGCAAAAUCAAAGAGAGAUUUUCUAACCUCCAAGCAAAGUGUGAGGACAACUGCCUGGUUCUGUCUUAUCAGUGCAAAGAGGAGGAAACUCGUAAAUAUGGGAUAUUGGAAGUAGACAGCGAUCUUCGCAUCCUGUGCAUGAAGGAGAAACCUCUUCCUUCUGAGACAAAGUCAAGGAGAGCAUGUCCGUGUUUCUACGUGUUCUCUAAGAAAAGCCUUCCCCUGUUGGACACCUUCAUGGAGGAAAAGAAGGAGGCUCCUAUUGAAGAGAAGGACGCUCCAGGUAACUUUGUGUCAUGGCUGAUUCCAAGGAAGCCGGUUUACGUUCAUGAGAUUUGUGGGCGCUUUGACGUUGGAAACCUGCCCUCCUACAUCGAGUGUGACCUUUACUUCAAAGAAAAACAAGAUGUGGAGUCUUACAUGGUGUAGACAUAAUUCAAAAGAACAAAAUCACACGUUUAAUUCAUCAUGUUGGGAAACAUCCAAGAUAAAAAUCAUCAAAUGAAUCAUCGGUUAACUUGAAGAAUGUGUCUGUGACAGAAAAUCUAUAAAUAUGCCUUUAAGUAUUUCUUGUUUGUAAUUUUACAACAGAUAUUUUCUAUUAAACUGAUUCUAUUUUAUUGUCUACUC